GAGAGUACGGAGUGAGUAAACGGAGUUUGAGGUGUGUGUGAUGAGUAUGUUUUGUCCUUUUCAUUUUUGUACCUAAAAUCAUGUUUUACCUCUGUCUUUGUCUUUUUAUAGUGAGCAUGGCAGCUUACAGACUAACCAGAAGACGUAUAUUCUGUCUAGCAGGGGUUUGCUCUGGCCUAGCCACAUCAGGUUGUCUGCUCCUCCUGGUGAAGGAGGAGUCAGUCAGCUGUAGAGGGCCAGGACAGUGCAGACACCUUGCUAGCCUCUCUUAUCAGACUCUUAGGAAGAAUGAGUUUAGUUUUAAAGUCAAUCAUCCUCAUAUUCGCUCUGUUGAUAUUAAUUAUCUUCCCUCUAAUUCACCUAAUGAGGACAGGUACUCUUUUGGAGGUUUGCCGGAAUCUUCUGCUGGUCUUUUUGCUGUCAUUGAUGGUCACCGAAGUUUUCAUUGUGCAGAAUUUUUACGUCAAAACCUCCUCAAGCAUGUUACCCAGACUCUACGAGAAGGAGGUGUGGUUAGUGGCUCGCUGAACAUUCAUCGUGACGGCGAUACCUUGUUAGAUGCUGGAGGCACCGAAUCACUUCAACUACCUGAUAACUCUGAUAAAGUACCUUCUCUCCUUCGUAAGAGUUUUUUGGACUUGGAUAAGAAUAUCAGCGAUGGCGGAUUAGAAGCCGUCGAAUUGGUAAAGAAAGGUCACUCCAUCAGAAGUAACGAGGGGAUCUUUGCGAAAUUAGCCCAAGCACUCAGUGGGGCCUGUGCGCUCUUUGCCAUGAUAAACCCACAGACGAUAUAUGUUGCUAGUACUGGAGACUGUCGUGCAGUGUUGGGCAAGAAGGCCGGGAGUGGAUGGGAGCCAGUAGCUUUGAGUAAGGAUCAGAAUGUUCAUAACGAAGAAGAAGUGAAUCGUGUGAAAUCAGCACACCCUGGUGAAGAAGACACGGUCAUUAGAGAAUCAAGACUACUAGGUGGGUUGAUGCCUUUUCGUGCAUUUGGUGAUACUGAGUACAAGUGGCCCGAAGAGAGUCUGUCGCAUGUUCAUUUUGUACUAGGAGACUACAAGACUCCGCCUUACCUAACGGCCGAGCCAGUUGUAACCAGCUAUCCGUCUACUGGGGGACAGUUUUUGAUAUUAGGAACUGAUGGACUGUGGGAGAGAAUGAAGGAGCAAGAUAUAAUCGAUGUGGUUGGUAGACAUUAUGAUAAGGAAGGCAAUAAAGACAAGACUUCUUCAAAGACGUUUGGAUUAUGGAGCAGUAAAGAGAAGACAUGUUGUGAAGAGUCUGUUAAUUCAGCAACCGAGUUGCUAUGGGAGUCACUGGGUGGCUCUGAUAGGUCAGUCAAGCAGUUAUUAGAGAUACCAGCUGGAAUGAGUAGAAUGUACCGCGAUGACAUAACCAUUAUUGUAAUUCAUUUUAAAUGACUUUAUUAGCUUCAUAUAGUCAUUCUUGUUAUAUUAUUUACUCUUGUUAUUAUGAAUAAAAAAUUUAGGCUAAAAAA